AUGUCCCGCCUUAUCACCCUUUCCCGGUGCAGAACCACCUCCCUGCUGCGUCUUCAGCCCCAACGUCGCACCGUCAUGAUGGGCACCGCAGCCUCCCGCCACGGCCCCAAGAAGGAAGGCGACAUCUCGUCCGUCUUCGUCUCCCUCUCCGGCACAACGCGUGAGCCCCUGCCCGACCGCUUCCGUACGCUCAAACAGGACCUCGUUGCUGGGCACGAGGAUGCCGUGGUUGAGUCCUGGGGCCGCCUCGUGCGCGCCCUGCGCGAGGAGAACGAGACUGUCGCGGUCAAGGGCCCGGCCAUUAUCCCCAGCGUCGAUUUCCAGAACAUCGACGAAGACAUUGACGGGUUAAAGGCGGAUAUCCGCAAGAGGGGAGCCGUGGUCGUUCGAGGCGUUGUUGAUGAGAAGGAGGCUCGGGGGUACAAAGAAGAGAUUGAGGCGUAUGUGCGCAAGAACCCGUCCACAAAGGCUUUCCCCGCCGACAACCCCCAAGUGUAUGAGCUGUACUGGUCCUUGCCGCAGCUCAGGGCCCGCGCGCACCCCAACAUGCUCAAGACGCAAGCAACGCUCAUACGUGAGCUCUGGAGCGCGCCCUCGGCCGGCGCGGCCAUCUCGAUGCAGCCCCUGACGUACAGCGACCGGCUGCGGAUCCGGCAGCCCGGCGACGCCACCUUCGCCCUCGGCCCGCACAUCGACGGCGGGUCCGUGGAGCGGUGGGAGCGCGACGGAUACGGCCGCGGUGGCGGCACCUACGACGCUGUGUUCCGCGGUGAAUGGGAGAGCUACGACCCGUGGGACGUGACGGCGCGCCUAGAGGCCGUGCAGGACCUGUACAACGGCGCCGGCGCAUGCAGCAUGUUCCGCAUGUUCCAAGGGUGGCUGAGCAUGAGCGCCAGCGGGCCGCGUGAGGGCACGCUGCUCGUGAACCCGCUCGUGCAGCUCUCGACGGCCUAUUUCCUGCUGCGGCCGUUCUUCCAGCCACGAAGGACCGCCAGCGAUGUCGGCACCGAGGCGUUUCUCCGGGAGGACAACUGGGCGUUCACAGGCGGUAACGAGAUGACGAGCGAACUGCAGGGCGCGACGCCGGGCCACGGUCAGGAGCUCAGUGACGCGCUGCACCCGCACCUGCGCCUCGGCGAGACCAUGGUGCAUGUGCCACGCAUCCGGCCCGGGGACUUUGUCGUGUGGCACACGGACCAGAUCCAUGCCGUCGACACCGUGCACCAGGGCCGGGGCGACUCGAGCGUCAUCUAUAUUCCCGUGUGUCCGGCGACGGACUUGAACGUGGAAUACCUGGCGAGGCAGCGGGAGGCGUUCCUGAGCGGGCUUCCAGGACCGGAUUUCCCCGGCGGCAAGGGAGAGAGUGAGCACGUCGGGCGGCCCGGGGAAGACGCCAUCCGUGGGGCAGAGGCGAGGCGGGCAAUGGGAUUAGAGAAGCUGGUCGCCAUCGGGGAGGGGCAGGCCGAGAGGGAGAUGAUUGAGCGGGCGAACCGGGCGCUGGGGCUCUGA